GGCUAGUCCAUCCAUUGAUUCGAUGAGGUCCAUCGCAUUCCUAUCCCCUCCCGCGCCUGCAAGGCUACCGCUAACCCUCCGCCAUGGCCACGGCCGCCGCCGUCACCGUCUCCACGUCCGUCCACCUCCGUUCCUCCCAGCAUGCCUUCGCCUGCCCCAAAGUGCGUUCGCUCCCCUCUCUCCGGCGCCAAAGGCGCUCCCUAGCCGUCGCUGCGGUCCAGCAGAAUGCGGCCGUCUGGAACGCGGUUCCUGUCUCCUCCGUCGGCCCGGCCUCCGCCGAUGGGUCGCUCUUCCACAUAUGCGUCGACCUCUCCGGCGCUCCCGACCUCGCGUCGUCCUACACUGCACCGGGGCAGUAUCUCAUGGUCCGUGUCCCCGGCGAGGACGAGCUCAAGCCUGCCUUCUUGGCCAUCGCUUCGCCGCCGGGGAAAGGCGUUUUCGAGUUCUUGGUGAAGACUGUGCCUGGCGCUACGGCGGAGAAGCUCUGCGGGCUCCGCGACGAAGAUGUGCUGGAGCUCGGCGCGGUCAUGGGGAAUGGAUUCCCAAUUGAGAGGAUAACUCCCACUGAUGCCGCGGAGACCGUGCUCCUCUUUGCUACCGGAACCGGGAUAAGCCCAAUUCGUUCACUUGUUGAGUUCGGUUUUGCGGCCAAUCAAAGAGCUGACGUGAGACUUUAUUAUGGUGCCAGAAAUCUUCAAACAAUGGCAUAUCAGGAUAGGUUUGCAGACUGGGAGUCAACUGGGCUCAAGAUAGUGCCAGUCUUGUCACAACCAGAUGAUAGUUGGCAAGGCAAACGGGGAUAUGUUCAGCAUGCUUUCUUGGAAGCCAAGAGCAUUGCAAGUCCUACUUCUACCGGAGCAGUGCUAUGUGGACAAAAACAAAUGAUUGAGGAGGUCACCUCGGCCCUUGCGGCAGAGGGUGUAUCACAAGAUAAAAUCUUGAAGAACUUCUAAGAAGAAUGAGUGUAACAUUUCAUGCUGUUUUUGGGCCUCCAGACUAUACAGAUAUUAUUCUCACCGUGCCUUUCUGCUUACAAGACAAGUCCUGAACUAUUUUGGGAGUCAUGGUGCAUUCUUUUGGUGUAUAUCAACAAAAGAUAGGGUCACAAUACAUGGGCUAUAUUUUUCAGGUAAUGUAAAGUCGUUGUUUUGCUAUUUCUAAGGCGAGCAAGUCACUGCUGAAAACGGCUCUGAUCAGACUUCAAAAUUUGUGCGUGUGCAAAGAGAAUAUUGAUCCUAUGGCUAUGAUAUGGAAUGAACUGACAAGUACUCUCUCCAUUUCUAAA